UCAGUACGCACCACGCUAGUGAUACCGGCUAAUACACAAAAGUUCAUUUCAUAAAAAGUGACAAGACCAUUGCCUUCCACUUCCGUAUUUGCCCAUACCGUUGCCGUAACUAUGAUGUAACCAUACCAGUGACCCUUAAAACUACGAAAGAAACCAAUGUACUGUAAAUAUUCAGUGUUACUUAUGAGAGUGAAGUACUUAGUUCAAAAUCAGACUCGAUGCUCAAGCCUAUGAGAGACAGCCUUUAGCACCAAAUAAGCGAUGAUCUGGAGAAGGAGAAGGACCUGCCUCCUGGGUCUCUUUCUUUUGGUCCUCUGCUUCGUCAGUGUAGUUCUCGUCUUCAGGAUUUCAAGUCACACACAGCAGGACAAGGCAGAAGCACUGCCUUGGAAGGAGUUUCCCCGUAGCUCCAGGAGGACGCCCCUGGGUGAUGGCACUCCCCGAGUGACCUGCCUGGUGGUGACUUCCCCGGGGCACCACGAGGACCGCGCCCGGCACCAGGGGGCAGCGUGGAGGGACCCCCGACCGCCCACGCCGUGCCCCGAAACCUUUUUCCUUUCCUCUGCCGCCCACCCUGAUCUCCCCAACGUUAUACUCUCCAACUACACGGGGUACGAGGACCUGUGGGGCAAAGUGCUGCACGGGCUGCGGGCGGUGGACCCGGCCUCGGCGCAGUGGUUCCUCAAGGCCGACGACGACACCUUCCUUCUCUACCCUCACCUCCUCGACCUCCUGGGCGAGUUUGACUCCUCCGCGCCGCUCUUCCUCGGCCUGCCGUUGGUGUUUACAGACGAAUCUGGCUCCCUGCGAGUGGAGUACAUGUCUGGGGGCGCUGGCUACGUCCUCAGCAGCCCCGCCGUCAGACUGCUACAGAAAACCCUACUGCAGGAGUGCCAUCUGCCGGGCCUCACCUCCUAUGAGGAUGUCAACAUGGGUGCCUGCAUGGCGGCUCUAGGUGUGAGGAAGGGAGACACUCGAGACUCUCUGGGUCGGGCCAGAUUCCUGCCCUAUCCUCCUUGGGUCCUUAUGCGAGAGGACCUCCAGCACCAGCCAGGAUACUUGUGGCUCCAAAGGAUGUCCAAGUUUCCCUUCAGCUUUGGCAUCGAGCACAUGAGUGACCGAGUCGUCAGCUUCCACGAGGUCCGGGACCCCAGGGACUUCUACGCCCUCCAGUACCUGACCAGCGACUUGAAGGUUCUUCCUGAAGGCGCGGAUUCUCCUUUUACGCUUCCAGAGGGGUGAUUUCUAAUGUCGUUGUAUUGAUGUAUUUAUUUGCUUACUUUUGUGCACGUCAUUCUGGUAUGAUAGUCUCGAAAACGAAAGAUGUUUUAUAGUUAUGAAGCCAAAAAAGAAGCCAGUAAGGAUAAGAUUGUGAAGUCAUUGUAUUUCGAACCAAGCGUCUAGAUAUUGAUUUACUGCGCUAUGAUAUAGUUAUCCCUUUAAUUUCCCAUUUUCUUCAAAGAUGUAAAUAAAGAGAAUGGGAAUCCUGAAAUAUUAUGCAAACUUAUGAAAAUUGCAGCAGCAGUAACCAUGGUAACGGACAACUAAAUUACUAAAAAUGAAGUAGAAGUAUAAAAAAGGUGGCUAAUUAGAUGAUAUGAGCAAAACGCCAAAUUCAGAGUGAAAAUCUUUCAGAAAAUAUUAUUUGCUGGCAUUUUUAAUACAAUUUAUAGAAGGAAUCUAAUAAAUAAUAAUUUAUUUUG